CCUGAUGCUCGAUAUAUAAGGAGGACCUGAACUUUGAGCUGUAGCUGUGUCUGAAGGUCUUGACUCGCAGGAUGAACGCCCUCCGAACUCUGUUUCUCUUGGCCGCCGGCCUCUCUGUGGCCCUGUCUAUCAACGACAAGGCGCUCAACCAGUUCAGGCAAAUGAUCCUGUGCACGAUGCCAGACAGCUCGCCGAUUUUCGACUACGCUGACUACGGUUGCUACUGUGGAUAUGGCGGCUCUGGCACGCCUGUGGACGAUCUGGACAGGUGCUGCGAAGUGCAUGACAAGUGUUACAGUGACGCCAUGCAGCACGACGAAUGCUGGCCCAUCCUGGACAACCCUUACACCGAGUUCUACGCCUACAGCUGUGACGAAGCGAGCAAGACGGUCACCUGUCCCAGGAACGACAACAACGAAUGUGAGCAUUUCAUCUGCGAGUGUGACAGGAAGGCCGCCGAGUGUUUUGCCAGAUCUCCUUGGAUCCCCGAGCACGAGCACCUGCCCAGCGACCGCUGUCAGUAGAAGAGCUCUGCAGUUAAUCGAACACAGGAUCCACUCCCACACACGACACACCCAUCACUGAGCUCUCAGGAGCGGCAGCAGCUUGUUUCGUCCGCUCAUUGAAAUACUCACACUCACCUUGUACAGUCACAUUCUCAAGGUCAUGGUUUUCUUUUCUCCUUCUUUCCUUGCACUGCACCUCUAUUGUUAGCUGUGGAUCUGUAUCCUGACAAGAAACACCAGUAGAUCUGCAUUCACCGUUAUGAUCCUAACUCAAGUUUCCAGUAGAGGGCGCUCUCAUCUAGCUCUUUAUUCCCUUGCUUGCAGGAAGUUGUUUACAGAAUGUAGACUUUAAUAUUGGCACUUUAUCAAAUUAUACAAAUGCUUGCAGUACUCAAUAAAGAAGAUAAACAAAAAUGA